AAGAAUUAAGGCAAUCAUGUCUUUAACCAAUGCUUUGCCUGCAGAUGCUGCAAGAGCAGCUAAGUCAGCCUCACACAUUCUGGCAACACUCCCAACUGCUGCUAGGAACAAUGCUUUGACCGCUAUCCACUCUGCUCUUUCUGCGUCAAAGGAGGAGAUUCUAGCUGCCAAUGCGCGUGACUUAACGCUGGCAAAGAAGGCUGCUGAAGAUGGGGAACUGAGCUUGAGUAUAGUGUCACGGCUAGACCUUAGCAAGAAAGGAAAAUGGGAGGAUAUGCUCAAGGGAAUUUUGGACGUGAGGGAGCUAGAAGAUCCUGUUGGGAAAGCCACCCUACGAACAAAGCUGGAUGAUGGACUCGAGCUUGAGCGAGUGUCCUGUCCGAUAGGAGUGCUCUUGAUUAUUUUCGAAGCCCGUCCUGAAGUCAUUGCCAACAUCGCAUCUCUUGCUAUCAAGUCAGGCAAUGCUGCUAUAUUGAAAGGUGGAAAAGAGUCAACAGAAUCAUUUGUUGCAAUUUCAAAAGUCAUUUCCGCCGCUCUACAAUCAACAGAAGUUCCGAACACAGCCAUCCAGCUCGUCACAACACGAGAUGUGAUCCCUCAACUACUUGGACUAGAUCAAUAUAUCGACUUGGUCAUUCCCAGAGGCUCGAAUGAGCUUGUCCGGUAUAUCAAAUCAUCCACAAAGAUCCCAGUUCUCGGUCACGCGGAUGGACUCUGCUCGAUUUAUCUCGAGCAUACCGCCGAUCCGAAAAUGGCUGUCAAAGUUGUGGUUGAUUCGAAGACAUCAUAUCCUGCAGCAUGCAAUAGCGUUGAAACAUUGUUAGUUGAAGAAGCUGCAUUGGAAACUGUUCUUCCAGCCGUUGCAGAAGCCUUGCUGGAGAAAGGGGUUUCGCUGCGCUGUGAUCCGACGAGUAAGAAGGCUCUUACGGCCAAGCUUUCAGCGCAUUCAUCGGUUAUUCUGCAGGAUGCUGAUGAAAGCGAUUUCGACACCGAACAUCUUUCUCUGGUAUUAGCCAUCAAAACAGUCUCCACUAUCACCGAAGCAAUCUCCCACAUCAACUUCCACGGCUCCCACCACACAGACGCCAUACUGACCUCUUCUUCACCUCUCGCUGAACAAUUCAUGUCCAGCGUAGACUCUGCAGGUGUAUUCUGGAACACUUCAACAAGAAUGGCAGAUGGAAUGCGGUUUGGUUUUGGGACAGAGGUGGGCAUUAGCACCAACAAAAUCCACGCUCGUGGACCGGUUGGUCUAGAGGGCCUGAUGAUUUACAAGUAUAAGAUUCGAGGGGGAGGGCAUGUAUCGCUGGAAUAUGGAGAAUCGGGAGGUCAAAAGUCAUUUAAGCAUGAAAAGUUGGCGCUUUGAGAUUCAAUGUUGCUUUGUAAUAAUGCACGAUGUAUUCUCACAUUAGUUCCCCUUGCAGCGUAAUCCACUGCCCCUCUGAAGGAAGAUCGUCCGGACAAGGAAACUUCUCAGAGCUUGUGGAAAGAUCAUUUCUCUCUUGAAUAACUUCACUACAAUGAGCCAGCUACAGUAGGCACGAUGUCUAUGCCCAAAUCCUGCAGAGAACAGCGCUCCUAUUUCACUGUUUACUCUUCGC